UUUUAUUUUGAAAGCCGCGACCGGAAGCUUCGAACCUCUGUUGAGGAGUUGCCCCGUUUCUUCCCAAAAGUUUUUGGAAAUGUUCCCCGAAGUCGUGCGCGGACCUUGUGUUUUACAAUGGCGUCCGUAGUUCUCCUCACACACGUCCGAUGCUCUCGCCGAAACAAAUGAACGUUUCCGGGACCAGGCGGCGGGGAUGUUCCGGUUAGUUUCCGCCCUCCUCCUCUGUUUCCUGGACUCCGGUGCGGCCGGUACUCCUCAGGGUGCAUCGUGGUGCACAUCUGUGCCCUCACAGGAGAGGCUCUCCGGUGUCCAUGCCAUGCAACGGGAGCCCGGUGGGACGACAGCAGAGCAGAGCAUCAGGAUGGAUGGUCCCACGGGACCGCCCCCGGCGGUGCCUGCAGAGGGCCGUCCCUCCUCCUCGGCUCCCGGCCCGUGGGAACACGCCGCCUCCUCGCCACCGACCUUCACCUCCGGCAUCUCGCCCCGCCGGAGGAGCCGCAGGAGCACGCUCACCAGAUCCGACCCCAGCCUGCCUCUGCCCCAGACGCAGAGCGUGGCUCCUCCCUCCGUAUUCGGGGUCAAAUUCCACAAGUGUGCGCAGGUGCAGCCGGACUCGGAUCCUCCUCGGCUGACGUUCUUCCUGCUGAUUCACAACACGGGGCCCCUGGGGGCCACCGACCUCUCCCAGGUGGCCAUCCGGGACUCCAUUUCUGGGAUCGUGCCCCUGAGGUCCGACGGCCGCGUGGUGGAAAGAGGCUACCAGACGUUCGCCAUCGACUCUCUGUCCGCCGGAUCCCAAGUUGUGGUCAACUACACGGCCCGCAUGAGGACCCACGAGAGCCAAGUCCUGGACCUUCCGGCUUUCCUCACCUUCUCCAACGCCUCGCAGAACGACGUCAGUAUGUUCGGACCGCUCACGGCUAAUCUGACCCUGAGGGUCAACUCCACCGACACGAUCCAUCCCGACCACGGGCUCCACUUUGCUGGUUUCGUGGCCGGGUUCUUCUCCACGCUGACGCUGCUGGCGCUCGGCCUCCUGCUGCUGCGCCUGGCCGGUCCGAGGAGCCGCCUGCGCCUCCUCCAGCAGCGGAGAAACAGACGGGCGUCCGACCCGGAGGACGCCGACGGCAGCGUGAGCGGCACGCCGAGGGGCGAGGCCUUCGAGGACCAGAUGGUGGACACCAUGGUGCUGGAGGACGCACACAACAUGGACCAGGCCCUGGACAACCUAGAGAUGUCCACCCUGCUGCACGCCACCAGCAGCCUGGAGGCGGCUCGGGUCCAGAUGUUCCGGGACGUGACGGGCUCCCUGCUGGGGGGCCCCCGGGGGCCCCGGGGCCAGCAGCGGCUGCUCGGCGUGCUCCAGGGCCAGAUGCUGGGCAUGGAGGGCCGGCUGGAGGAGGAGCGCGGCGCCCGCAUGGCGGCGCUGGCCGGCCGCUGCAACCAGGAGACGAGGGAGGAGAUGGAGGCGGAGCAACGGGGGGAGGCGGCCGAGAAGGAGGAGGCGGAGCUGCUGUGUCAACACGCAGACCGACAGGAGCUCCUCCACUGCAGCGUCCUCCUGGAGAAGCUCCACAAGCUGAGCCAGAGUCAGCUGCAGCGCCUCCUGCUGGUGAGGCACGAGGAGGCGUCGGGGAAGGUCCAGAGGCAGAUCAUGGAGCGGCGCCGGGUGGAGCUGCACAAGAUCUUCUCCGAGGAGCUGGAGGAGGCGACCAGGAUGGGCGAGCUGGAGAGGAGCGCCGCCAGGAGCCUCCAGCGCCAUUACUUCGCCUGCCAGGACCAGCUGGAGGAGGUGCUGGACGUGGCGCUCGCCACCCAGCGCUUCGUGCUCGCCGAGCGCCACGCCCAGAGGAAGUUCCUGGUGCACAGCCUGCACAGCCUCAACGGCCUGGUGGCCGACAGCUUCUCCAGCGCCUCCAGCGGCCUGAGCGGCUGGUUCUCUCACAUCAGGAGGGGGAGCAGCGUGCCCUCGGAGCAGCUGGACCGGCUCCAGGAGGAGGCCCAGAAGGAGCUGCUGACGGCGAGGCAGCGGCUGGAGGAGUCUCUGGGCCGCGAGAGGAGAGCCAUGCGCUGCGGCCUGAUCAAGAAGAGGAGGGAGCUCAUCUCCGACCUGCUGCGGGUCCAGAAGCAGAGACAGAAGGACCUGUCGGCUCGGGCCAAGGCUCUGGAGGGCGGCGCCGCCGUGGCCCGGCACCUCCGCUGCUGGCAGAACCUGCUGACCAAUCACAGCAUGGAGCUGGCGGAGCUCAUCAACAACCUGGACGAGGAGGCGGCGGCAGACGUCCGCAAGGUGACCAUGCGUGUGAUUCAGGGCGCCGUCGCCGACAUCAGGUCCAUCCAGCCGUCGGCGGCGCAGGCCGUGCUCGCGCUCUCACCACCGGGGGCGCCGCAGGGGGAGCCGGAGGCCCCGGGGCCCGGACCCGGGGCCCUCCUGCAGGGCCAGGACCGGCUGCACCAGGAGGGCCGGGCGGCGCUGCUCACGCUCAGCUGCAGCCGGGCGGCGCUCCGGGACGCCAUGCAGAGGGAGCUGCAGGAGCAGAAGGAGGUGCGGGAGCACGGCCGAGCGUUCUUCAGCGCCCUGUGUUCCUCCCAGCUGACCCUCUCUGAGGAGGAGGUGCUGCGGAUGCAGCUGGAGUUCCAGAAGGUUCUGUCGGUGAUGGACCUGAGUCUGGUUCUGCCGCACGCCGCCCGCCGGGCCAAGCUGCACGCCGCACUGGCGGCUCGCCGGACGCAGAGCGAGCGCCGCACGGUUCCUCCUCCGCCUGGGAGUAAAGCCUCCUCCUCCUCCUCCGCCCUGCUCCUCUUCCAGAGGAGGCUGGCCGACGGGAUCCGGCUGCUGGAGGAGGAGAAGGAGACGGAGAGCGGCGUCAUGGACGAGGUGGUGGAGGAGCUGCGGCGCGAGAGGCAGGAGGCGCUGCGCUCUCAGGGCGACGGCCUGGCCACGCAGAUGGCGAGCGUCCACCACCAGAAGGCCGAGCGCAGGACCAAAGUCCUGGAGACGUCCAGAGCGAUGCUGGCGCUGCACGGCCUCCUCCUCCAGCAGCUCAGGGACGCCGAGAGCCCGGAGAGCCCGGAGCUGGCCCGGAGCGUCCAGAACCACUGCCUGGGCCUGGAGGAGGCGGAGCAACAGCUCCGACGGGAGAGAGCGGAGCUGGAAGUGUCUCGGUGCCGAGGCGAGUCGAGCCCCACGCAGAGGGAGGAGGACGAGGAGGAGCAGGGAGGCGCGGAGGAGAGGCUGCUCCGGCUGCAGCGGGACUGCAGUAUGACGUCCAUCCUGCAGGAGGCGCUCUACAAGAGAGAUCAGGUGGCGGCGCUGCUGGCCGAGAGGCUGCAGGAGGCGCGCGGCCGCCAUCAGGCCACGGAGGACCUGAAGGAGCAGAUGGAGCUCAGGAGGCUGUACGCCAACUGUGACCAGGAUCUGGAGUUGGCGUCUCGGCUGGUGAAGCUGAGUCAGGUGACCCCCGAGGUUCUCCUGGAGGCUCUGCGCCUCCUCCUCCCCACGCUGCCCGAGAGCGAACUCCUCUCCAUCACCGACGCCCUCUGCCCCAAGCGCCUCCUCGCCACGCCGCCCACGGAGCAGGACCAGACCGGGUGUGCCGCGGCGCCGAGCAGACUUCUUUCCGUCGCGCUGAGAGAAGAUGUGCUGAGGAAGCAUGCGCCGGGCGAGCGGCGCCCCCCUGUGGAGAGAGAGAGACUCCGGGAGAAGAGGAAAAGUCUGAUGGACAAGCUCCUCCCCGGAGCCCGGAGCCCGCCCCCCCCACUGGUGGAAGGGCCGGAGGAGGAGAAGAAGGAGGAGGAGGAGGAGGAGAGGAAGGAGGAGGAGGAGAAUAAGAAGGAGGAGGAGGACGCUGCCCACCGGCCUGUUUGCGAAGCCGCCGUCGCUGCAGCGGAACCGGCCGUCGGCCCGCCGGCCCCCCGCGGCGCCGGGGAGCGCCUGUUUGUGUUCCGGCUCCCCCCAGAGUCGGGGGGGGGCAGGGCCCCCAAAAGACUGAGGAAGAGGAACUUUCUCAAUCUGAAGAAAGGCUCAGUGGCUCCAACCAGCCUGCCCUGAGACUCACGGAGGAGGAGGAGGAGGAGGAGGAGGAGAGGAGAGGGGGUGGGGGAGGAGGAGGGGGAGGGGAGGAGGAGGAGUAGGGGGGUCUUUUUACACUCCACAUUAAAGCGAUGAUGAUUGUGGUUCUCUUCCUCUCCAGAUGUGUGUCGCUUGGCGGUCGUACAGAGUUCAUGAUUAACUAUUUAAAAACUUUCUUUCCUUCAGUAUUAAAAUAAACAUCUUCAUGUUGAUGAAGCUCGUGACUGAA